CGAUAUGUGAUUCAUAAUUGAUCCAACUCUUGAUUGAUAAUUAAUACGAGGCGUGUAAGUAUAGAGGCUAAAAUGUAAAUUAAUAAAAGUAUAUGGACUAAUAUGCGCAUAACCCUUUCUAAUACAUACUUGUUACCAGUGAGCUCAUGCUCAUCUAUUUGUCCGUUCAUAGAUUUGUUCUUCGUGUUCCCCAAUUCUUUUAAAUGUAUGCGAAUCUAGGGUUUCAGCUUUCCACCUGGCGCUUCAAUUUCAGUUAAAAUUCACCUGAGAAACGACAAAAUAAGUGAUUCAAUAUGAGCCGAGACAGAAGCAGAAGCAGAAGCCCUGGUCUUGCCAAGCGAUUCAGAAGCAGAGACAGAUCUUCUUAUCGUGAUGCACCUUACAAAAGAGAUAGACCUUCAUAUCGGCAAGAUUACCUCUGCAACAAAUGUAAACGCCCUGGACACUUUGCAAGAGAAUGUCCAAAUGUAACUGUCUGCAACAACUGUGGACUUCCAGGUCAUAUUGCAGCUGAGUGUACAUCAACUACCAUGUGUUGGAACUGUAAAAAAUCCGGGCACCUCUCGAGUGACUGCCCGAACGACCCGGUCUGCCACAUGUGCGGUAAAAUCGGACAUUUAGCUCGUGAUUGUUAUAACCCGAGUGUGUCUUCUUAUGAUGCCCGGCUUUGUAGCAACUGUUACAAACCCGGGCACAUUGCUGCUGACUGUACCAAUGAGAAGGCGUGUAAUAACUGUAGAAAAACCGGUCACCUUGCGCGUGACUGCCCGAAUGACCCGGUGUGCAAUGUUUGUAGCAUAUCGGGCCAUGUGGCACGCCAGUGUCCUAAAGCGGGCGGGUCGAAUAUGAAUGUGGUUAGGUCGGGCGGGUCGUCAAUGGUGGAUGACCCGUUUAGGGAUAUGAUGUGUAAGAAUUGUGGGCGGGCGGGUCAUAUUAGUCGGGAUUGUGUGCCUUUGGUUAUUUGUGGGAAUUGUGGCGGGCAGGGGCAUUUGGAAUUUGAGUGCCCGUCUGCCCGGAUGUUUGACCCGUUUGAUCGGGCCUUUCUUGACCCGCGGUUUCGUAGGUACUGAGUCAACCCUGGUGGGUUUUGACUUUUGACUUGAUAUCUUUUUUUUUUUUGCAAAAAGAAAUGAGACAAUCACUUGAACUUUGAAGUCAUAUUCUAUAUUCUCUA